AUGGCUCCGGCAUCGGCAGACGGAUUGAACGUGCUUAUCCUAGGAGGCGGAAUCUCUGGGCUGACAACAGCUUUGGCGUUGACCAAGUUCGCACCCACAGGACAAGUGCCGCGUAUCAGCAUAUUCGAGAUUCGCCCAGAGCUUGCCACAAUCGGAGGMGCCGUCAACCUAACACCAAAUGCGCUACGAAUGCUAGACCAUCUUGGAGCGCUUCCUAUCAUUCGGGAGCGUGGCUAUGGGCGAGACAUUGACUUUCUGGAGGUCUUCGACAUCUACUCUGGUAAACUUGCGGAGUCUAGCUUUCGGGGACCAGAGGGCAAGGGUGUUGGGAAUCCGCCUUACAAAGCUCUCCGAAUCACCCGAGGAGAGGCCCUGAAAGGCGUCAUUGCCGCGAUCGAGAAGCAUGACAACAUCACCAUCACCUGUGACAAGCGCACCAUGAAGAUCGAGGAGACUGCGGACAGCGUGACUCUUCACUUCGAGGAUGGCGGUUGGGCUACUGGGGAUCUUCUGAUGGGCUGCGAUGGCAUUCACUCCGCUGCCCGCUUGAAACAUGUUGAGCCAGAACGGAAGGCGACCUACUCCGGUGUGUCGAAUGCGUUUGGAUUUUCCCCCAUCGAAAAGGAGUUCCAGGUGCACUUCGAGUGCACGGCGAUCAACUUCGCUCGUAAGGGUAUGCUUCUCACCAGUUUUCAUUCUGGAGCCGCCGACUCGGUAUAUGUGGGAGCUCUGAUGCAGGUUGAGGAUGUCGGGUCUCGUGAUGGCUGGAAAUCUAUUGGCGCGGACGCGGAGAAGACUAGAGCCCAGCUGCUGGAGCGAUUUGGGGAUGCAAAGAUUCCGUGUAUCAAGACUUUGAUUGAAAAGACCACAGAUUUCUAUCUCUGGCCGGUGUUUACGCUUUCGAAUCGAGGAAAAUGGGCAACGGAUCGGGUCAUGCUUCUUGGUGAUGCAGCACACGCUAUGCCACCUCAAGGGGAAAGUACCGGAAUUGUGUUCGAAGAUACUGUCCUCUUCUCGCGCUGCCUCACCAGGUGGAUGGAGAAGGGCAAGCCGAACACCAUGAAAGAGGCCUUCGAUGCAUACGAAAGCCUUCGACGAAAGCGAAUCGACGGCGCGUUCGAGGAGUCGAAGAACGUUGUCAGCACUGUGUCCGAUGCGGGUUGGCUUGGACACACCAUCAAGACGUUGGUCAUCCCGUGGUACCUGUGGUUCACCAGUAAAAUCCGCGAGGCACACUUCAUCGAGGAUGUCACCACCACAGACAUCCAGUACUGA